AUGGCAGCACAGCGUGAUAAAAAGACUGGUUCCUCGUAUCGGAAGCGUGAUAGCUUGUUGAAGCAAUAUGCAAGGGAAUGGGACAUGGAUAUGGAGGAAGCAGGAUGUAGCUACCAAUAUUCGGCACCGACUGCUGCACACUGUUCUGAUAGUGAUGCGUCUUUUUCGGACCUUGAGGAUAAUAAUGCAACGGAAUUUGACGAUGGAGAUGACGAAGGUGACCAACCUUUCCUUACCGACGAUUUGUCCUUCAAGGAUGCUCUUCGCGUAUGGGUGUUGGAGGCCAACAUUUCGCAUCGCCGCACAAAUGUGUUGCUAGAUUUGCUUCGCAAACACAACCAUCCUGAGCUGCCGAGGGAUGCAAGAACUUUUUUAGAGACUCCCUCAGCGAAUACCACACGGAGUCUGGUCUCUACUAUCUCGGGUGGUCAAUUAUGGUAUCAGGGGAUUGCUAGCAGCCUUAAAUCGUACUUUAGACUUGUGACACCGGACGUCAAUGAAAUGGAGCUAAUUUUCUUUGUGGAUGGGCUACCACUUCACAGAAGUGGUUUAACUCAGUUUUGGCCCAUCCUGAUGAGAAUUCAUGACAUGCCAAAUGUACCGGUAAUGACGGUGGCAAUUUUUUGUGGGGAAAGUAAGCCGGGAAGCCUUCAAGGUUACUUGCAACCAUUUGUCACGGAACUAAACUACUUGCAAGCCAAUGGACUACUGAUAAACGGUCGCCCAUAUAAAAUAUGGUUCCGGGCCAUGAUAGCAGAUACACCAGCUCGAGCUUACAUCAAAGGUGUUAAAUCAUUUAACGCUCGUUACGGGUGCAUCAAAUGCAAGACCCGUACCACAAAGGAUCCAACAACGAAACGCAGCUACUACGGGCAGUUUGGUGCUGCGCGACGGACCCAUGAAGAGUUCUGUAAUGGUGCAUACGUCGACCAUUGCAAAACCACUACACCUUUGGUUAAGCUAGACAAUUGCGACAUUAUCAAAGAUCUCAGCUGA